UUGACGCCGUGGACGCCGGCGGAGCCCCCUCACACGCCGGCGGAGUUCUCCGAGAACACGCCGCCGAGCCUGCGCUCCGUACAGCCGAACGUCGUCCUCCGGAGCAGACGAAGACGACAUGGAGCGCAUGAAGCUGUCCGAGUACCAGGCGAAAGUUUUGGAGGAGAAUUUUAAAGCGAACCGGAAUCCCGACGAGACGACGCUGAUGCUGGUGGCCGCCGAGUGCGGACUCUCUGAGGCUGAGACGCGGAAUUGGUUCGAGCUGCGUAGGGCCCAGUGGCGCCAGGCCGAGGGUCUUCCGGCUAAACUGGGCUCUGUGUUGGAUUGAGACCCAUCCACACCCGCCCACCCCCAACUCCUUUUUGGACCUUUUUCCUGGAACUUCCUCUUCUUCCUGCCUCCUAGCUCUUUUUAUUUUGUGUAUGAAGAUAUUUGAAUUUAGGGAAAAUGAAGGUGUUUGUGUGCUGUUGAGUAUAUAACUGCUGUGUUUACAUGAAAUGACAGAUUAUUGUUAAUAAAUUAAGAAUUAAAAUGG